AUGUCUGCCCGCUUGCAAUAUGUGCUGGAUGACAAACAGCAAGUAUGUGAUACCUGUGGAUGCAGUUUUAGGCCCAAAGGCUUCAACAGUCACCGAAGAGCCUGCGAGCAACGAGCGAGAGAGUCAGAAGAAGACAUGGACCUAUGGGCUUCGAUCCCACCUGUACAAGCUGCUGUGCUGGCCCUGUCUGUACAAAUCGCAAACAUUGAUGAACAAGCCUGGAUUGACCACGGCUAUGAUGAUGAUAAUGACCACAAUCAAGAUAACGCUGAUGUUGAUAUGUCAUCAGAUCGCUCCGAGUUUGAUAAUGUCCCUGAAUGUGCUGUGGAUGAUAUUCGCACUGAGUUUCACCCGCACGCAAGGAUCACAACGCGCAUUGAAGCAUUCUCCAAUUUCACACGACAGCGCCACUAUGAGCCACCCCGCCCAGAUCGCCAGCCUUGGCUCCCGUUUCGAUGUCAACUUGACUUCAAGGUUGCAGAGUUGGCACAUGAAGCUGCACUCACCCACGAGCAAACGACACGCCUCAUCUCAUUGGUUCGGCGCGGUAGAACUGAAGACUUCACACUUAAGAAUUAUGCUGAUGUUCGGAAUACUUGGGAAGCAGCAUCACAUUGCUUGACACCGUUCGAAAAGGAUACUAUUAUGGUGCCGCUAAAUGGCAACAACAUGGAAUACACGGUGUACUUUCGCUCCCUUUGGGAUUGGGGGGUAGAUCUCCUGCGACACCCUAACCUCGGCCCUCAUUGCGUUUUCGAUGCCCAGCGACUAUCAAAAUUCGAUGGAGACUCAUUCGUUAGGUUCAUUGAUGAACCAUGGACCACAGAUGCAUUCUGGGAAUGCCAGUCCCAGAUCCCUCUGGACACGAAACCAUUAGCAUUCAUCUUGUACGCCGACAAGUCGAAGUUGUCAUCAUUUGGGCGCGAUAAAGGAUAUCCUGUAAUUGCUCGCUUAGCAAACCUCCCCAUUGCCAUCAGAAAUGGAAAUGGGGUUGGUGGGGGACGGGUAGUUGGAUGGCUCCCAUUGGCCAAAGAUGACCCAAAAUACAAAGGCACACCACAAUUCACCAACUUCAAAGUCGCUGUAUGGCACACAGCUAUCAAGAAGGUGCUUGCAUCGAUUAUACCACCUUCGAAAGAUGGCCAAUGGGUGAAUUGUUGGGACAAUAUUGCGAGACUCUUCUAUAUGCUGGUGUUGAUACUGUCUGCGGACUAUGAGGAGCAGAGUGUAAUGUCACUCACUCGAGGCAUCAUGAGCAACUUUCCAUGCCCGAUCUGUCUGAUCCCCAAGGACAAAUUGUCUUCUGUCAUGCCCCACAACUAUACUCUUCGCACAAGCCAGGCAACGGCAACCCUUUUGAUCGAGGCAAGGGCAGAGCACCGUAAAGGACAGUGGGAGGUGAUACUUAAGAGCCAGUCAAUUUGCGAGGUUGAUAACACAUUUCACAAUAUGAACCCCAAGACUACUGAUGUUCACCGCGCACUAUGCUAUGACCACCUCUAUGUUGUCCUCCGAGGUCUUUUUGGGGACCACAUAUGGCCGGAAAUGCAGCUACUAAUUGGCCCUUUGGGACGCAACUUGGUUGCGAAAAUUGACGAGAAUUUUGAUGCACUGCCACAUUGGCGCAAUCUGAAUCACUUUGAUGCUGUGAUGGCUAUAACAUUCACUGAUGGAAGUAAAUACAAAGACAUUUUCAAGGGCUAUACGCUGUUGAAUCAGCUGAUCACGUUUGCAGCUCACAAUGUUCUUCUGAACGCUGGUGAAACUAAAAUCACCUACCUUCUCCUUCGAUGUAUCCAUGCCUAUCUCGAGGUGGACCUGUAUGCAGCAUUAGAGGUACAUACCACGACAACGAUUGCUGCAGGACGAGAAGCACUUCAGGACUUCUCAGAGCUUAUGAAUAAAUAUAUUCGAAAGUCACAAGCUGUGCGGCCAGACAAGAACUGGUCAUUCCCAAAAAACCAUCUAGCCGCCCACCUGUUUGACGACAUCAAGGCCAAGGGAGCGACCCAGAACUACAACACGAAGCCGAAUGAGAAGUGUCACGGUCCCCUAAAGGAGUCAUAUCAACGACGGACUAAUUUCAAAGAUGUUGCACCACAGAUUUUACGUGCAGACCAUUGGUCUCUUGUUUCUGAGUUCAUUCGUGACCGACUGGAUGCACUGGACGCAUACAAUGCUCAGAUGGCCGAAGAUGGGACCAAUGAGACCAACCUGUUACACUGA